GUUACAACCGCUGUCGAAGACCUCCCCGAAAAUUCCUACAAUGCCCUUCUUGUCCUUGUCACUCUUCUCAUGUCUCUCCGCCUCUUUCGUUUUCUUGACCCCCGUCAUCCUAACAACAGCAGGAAGAUUCCAACGAAUUCGAAUCGCAUUCACCGUCUCCAACCCCCAGCCAUGGCGAUCUUCGAGGAACCUCCCAAUUCGCCCUUCCCCGGCAUCCUCUCCUCUUCUCCCUCCCCCGUUGGGUCGGUGGAGCCCGCCUCCAGCAUGGAAACCCUGCCGCGCGGGUCCGAUUCUGUGGAGGCCACAAGGGAGACCCGGAAGAUCGAGAUGUAUUCGCCGCUCUACUACGCUGCUUGCACCUUCGGUGGCCUCGCCAGCUGCGGCCUCACUCACAUGGCCAUUACCCCGCUCGACGUUGUCAAGUGCAAUAUGCAAAUUGACCCAGAAAAGUACAAGAGCAUCUCAUCAGGAUUUGGUGUUUUGCUAGAAGAGCAAGGAUUCAGAGGCUUCUUCAAGGGUUGGGUGCCAACCCUGCUUGGUUAUAGUGCUCAGGGUGCAUGCAAGUUUGGAUUUUAUGAGUUGUUUAAGAAGUUCUAUGCAGACCUUACUGGGCCCAAGCAUGCAUCAAAAUAUAAGACGCUCAUUUACCUCGCCGGAGCUGCUUCUGCUGAAGUAAUUGCUGAUAUCGCUCUUUGCCCCAUGGAGGCUGUGAAGGUACGGGUGCAAACACAACCACGGUUUGCUAGGGGCUUGAGGGAUGGACUUCCCAAGUUUGUCAAAUCAGAAGGUGUUCUAGGGUUAUAUAAGGGACUCCUUCCACUUUGGGGACGUCAGAUUCCUUAUACAAUGAUGAAAUUUGCUUCUUUUGAGACAAUUGUUGAGAUGAUAUACAAGCAUGUCAUUCCCAAGCCAAAGGAGCAGUGUAGCAAAACGCUGCAGCUUGCAGUGAGCUUUGCUGGUGGCUAUGUGGCUGGGGUAUUCUGUGCCGUGAUAUCUCAUCCUGCUGACAACCUGGUCUCUUUUCUCAACAAUGCAAAGGGCGCGACUGUCACUGACGCCGUAAGACAACUUGGUUUAUGGGGCCUUUUCACCCGUGGUCUUCCGCUGCGUAUUGUUAUGAUUGGUACUCUGACUGGAGCACAAUGGGGAAUCUACGAUGCCUUCAAAGUCCUCGUUGGCCUGCAAACAACCGGUGGGCUCAUACCUCCAACCACUUCGAACCAAGAACAUGCAAAACAAAGUUGAUCAUUUUGAAUCACCGACGACUCGUUUUUAGUCCUCAGACUCGGGCAAUUAGGUAACACUUUGCCUUCCACCGCUCCACUUUAAAUGGAAGCUGCAAUGUAUUUUUGAACCGUCUUUCUUGGUUUAGUUUCGGAGUAUCUAAGCAAGCUUUGUGGAUUCAGUUGAGUGCUAAAAUUUCCUCUGCUUAAUACCAGUAGUUUCCAUGUAAUUGCCGUAUAAUACCACAUUCAUUUGCCUGAACUGGUUCAAGGUCUCCGAAACAAGAACCUGGGCAUCAAUUAACCAUGUAAUCUGAGCAGAUUAACC